CUCUCUCUCUCUCUCAUGUCCGGCUCAGCUCCUCCGUCGCUCGGCCGCACCGCCACCACCACCGGCAGCGCCGCCGCCACCAGCAAUGUCCUCUUCUUCUCCUUCACCCCCAAGGCCUCCUCCCUCCCCCGCUCCCUCCUCCUCCUCCGCCGGCCGCCCCCGCCCCCCUUUUCCUUCUCCCUCUCCCUCUCCCCCCUCCUCGCUCCCCCGCCGCCCCCAUGCUGCCGCCUCACCCGCGUCUCCACCGCCCCCCUCGAGUACGUGCCCCCGGCUCCUGACUUCGACUUCCGCUCCGAGAUCGAGCGCCUCGCCGCUCUCCGGUCCCGGCUCGCCGGCGCCGGCUCCGUCGCGCAGAAGCUCGGCGUGGUGAGCGCCGAUUCCAGGGUCAAGGAGUUCUUCGGCUCUCGGUCGUCCGGCGGCGGUGGUUUAGCCGGGGCUUUGGGCGCCGUUGAUUUGGACGAGGGCGAGCUGUUCCUGAUCAAGUGCUUGGUCGCCGCCGGGCAGGGGCACGUGCUUCUUGGCGCGGAGGUUGGGGCUCCGGCGGGCGGUUUUCGCGAGCCUGCCAAGAGUUCGCUGAAGAGCGCGCUCUAUGCUUUGGUGGAGAUGAUAGAGAGGCUGGAUGUGAAUGGCCGGGAGAGGAAGAUGGGCGUGGGCUCUGAGGACGAGGACAUUGGUGACUUGAAGAAGCUGCUGCGGACCCUAGGAGAGAUCGAACGGUUCUAUGAUUGCAUUGGAGGAAUUAUUGGUUAUCAGAUAAUGGUGCUUGAGCUCCUUACAGAAUCAGUAUCAGAAAGGCAGUCUACCAACUGGUCGCAGAAUUCAAAGGGAUCGAUGGAAUCUCAGAUCUUGGAAAUUCACUCUCCCGCUGGACUUGACCUUUCUCAGAAUACAGAGUACGCAUCUCAAGCGGCUCUCUGGGGUAUCGAGGGUUUGCCCAACCUAGGUGAAAUCUAUCCUCUCGGAGGCUCUGCCGACAGACUUGGUUUGGUGGAUCCUGACACUGGUGAAUGUCUUCCUGCUGCCAUGCUUCCUUACUGUGGACGCACACUAUUGGAAGGCCUUGUGAGAGAUCUACAGGCUAGGGAGUACCUGUACUUCAAGUUGUAUGGAAAGCAAUGUAUCACUCCUAUUGCGAUUAUGACAAGCGGUGCCAAGAACAACCAUGAGCGCAUUACUUCCCUCUGCAAGAAACUCGAGUGGUUUGGAAGAGGUCAAUCCAGUUUCCAAUUUUUUGAACAGCCUCUUGUACCAGCUGUAAGUACAGAAGAUGGACAGUGGAUCAUCACAAAAUCAUUCGUGCCUGUAUGCAAACCUGGUGGUCACGGUGUUAUAUGGAAACUGGCUUAUGACAGAGGCAUCUUUGAAUGGUUCUACAAACAUGGAAGGAAAGGCGCCACUAUUAGACAAGUCAGUAAUGUCGUUGCUGCCACAGAUUUGACACUCUUGGCAUUGUCAGGGAUUGGGUUACGUCAUGAGAAGAAAUUUGGGUUUGCUUCAUGUAAGCGCAGCGCGGGUGCUACAGAAGGAAUCAAUGUUCUCAUUGAGAGAAAGAAUCAUGAUGGGAAGUGGGCAUAUGGUUUAUCAUGCAUCGAGUAUACUGAGUUUGACAAGUUUGGGAUAGCUACUGGAUCUUCUAAUAGUUUGCAGGCAGAAUUCCCUGCCAAUACAAACAUCCUAUAUGUGGAUUUACAAUCUGCUGAGCUAGUUGCAUCGUCUAAAGACAAAAGGAGUUUACCAGGCAUGGUGCUUAAUAUAAAAAAGCCAAUUGAAUACGUGGACGACUUUGGAAACAGGCAUAGUGUUAGUGGUGGAAGGCUGGAAUGCACCAUGCAGAAUAUUGCAGAUAGCUUUCUUAAUACCUAUUCAUCUCGUCGUUAUAAGGGUGUGGAAGAUGAGCUGGACACUUUUCUAGUCUACAAUGAAAGGAGAAGGGUCACCUCCUCUGCCAAGAAGAAGCGGAAACCUUCGGACAUGUCUUUACAUCAGACCCCAGAAGGUUCACUGUUGGAUAUAAUGCGGAAUGCCUAUGACAUUCUUUCCCAAUGUAACAUUUACCUUCCUGAGAUAGAAGGGAAUGAGAAGUACAUUGAUUCUGGACCACCAUUUCUUAUUCUUCUUCACCCAGCACUUGGCCCACUUUGGGAGGUCUCACGGCAAAAGUUUUGUGGAGGUUCCAUAAGCAAAGGAUCCGAGUUAAUAGUCGAGGUUGCAGAGUUUUUAUGGAGAGAUGUUCAGCUUGAGGGAAGCCUGAUUAUUGAGGCUGAAAAUGUCAUGGGCUCAACUAGAAUGGGUAAAAAUGGUGAUCUGAUUCUACAAUAUGGCCACAGGUGUGGUAGAUGUAAGUUACAGAAUGUCAAGGUUUUAAAUGAAGGAAUCGACUGGAAAUUCUCGGGAAAUGUAUUCUGGAAACAUGAUGUUCAGCGGUCAGAGUCCCUGAAGGUCAUACUGCAUGGGAAUGCAGAAUUUGAGGCAACAGAAGUCUCUUUUCAGGGAAAUCAUGUUUUUGAAGUUCCUGAUGGCCAUAAGAUGAAGAUUACUCCUAGAAUCUCAGGUUUUUCAGUUCAAUUAGAAACACUCGCACCGAACAUGGUCGAUAGUGGAAGUUGGUACUGGAGAUACAAGAUAAACGGGGAACACAUUGGAUUGGAACUGGUAGAAUUGUGAAGCACAGAUUUGGUUCUCGGACUUUCCCUGAUGUGAAUGAUGGUUCACUGCUGGUAUUCGAGCUUAUAUUUCCGCUGCAUCAGCUCACUUCGAAUUGGUUGAACAGAAGUUGAACCUUCUCAAAGUUGGAUUUUUCUCACCCACUCAUUCAUUUAAUUUAAACCCUUGUCACUCCAUAUAUACAGGGAGAGAGGGAGAGAGAGAGAGAGACAGAGAGUGUGAGAGCCCAUGUAAAUUCUUAAGGGCCUACCUUUUUGGAGCUGCUCAUGUAACAAGAGUUUGUAACGAUGACCAGUUUCGCCUAUCAAACGAUCAAUGUUGGAACUCAUUUUGUUGGUAUCGGCAGUGACAAUUGUCAAUCAGUCUUUUCCAAGCACAA